AUGGAGUUUUGUGUGUUGCGUCUGAGUGUUGAAAUGCCACUCAUUGUUCAGGCCCACCACGAGGCUGUGAUGGUGGUGGAAAAUGACAUCGAAGAGGUUAUGGGGCGUUUGGCAUGUGGUUUUAUUUGUGAAGAAGAGGGGAACGGAAGAAGCUUGGAGUCAAGGAGACCCAAGAGUCUUGAAAAAGGAGUUGAACUGGAUCACCACUGGGUUGAGUUUGAUGAUGUUCGAUAUCAUAUUCAGGUGUCAAUGAAGAAUCCUCAUGUUUUGCUGCUAUCAGUUUCGUUGCCUACUCCUUCUUCAGAAACUAUUUUUGUUAAUGGACUUCCUUUUGGAGCCAUUGAAGCAAUAAAAGCUUCAUAUGGUAAUCUUGUGCAAAUUCUUGAUCCUCCAAGGGAUGGCUUUAACCUCACAUUAAAAAUAAAUCUGUCAAAGCUUCCGGCAAAUCAAGAGCAAAAAUAUGCCUUUUUGGUAAAAGUUGCAUCAAUAAGAGAGGUCGUCCUUGGUGCACCACUGAGAGUAAUUUUAGAACAUCUUGCUGCAAGAACUGUUGCUCCGGACUUGGAUCCACCUGUUGCCCUUGUUCAUCGGCCUAAUGAGUCUUUCUUUCUUUUUCCUCAGAAUAGUCGAGUGCAACUUGGCUUGCAGCUGGCCAGAGUUAAAUUCCAUGCUAUCUGUCCUUUGUCGCUGAGCAUUGUUGAAUUGGUUCAGCGUCUAGGCUACAUCAUGUUUCAGGAUCUUUCUGCUGAUAAGGUGAUCGUGGUGUAUCCUAUGAGAUUCAACGAUUCAAUAGACAUUGUUCUUGCAACUUCAUUCCUGCAGGAAUUUGUCGAAGCCAGGCGUACAGCAGGACUUCAUAAUACCCCGCCUUGUUCGUGGUCACUUACUCCUCCACUGGAAAUAAAAGGAGUUCCCUCUGAUGCAUUAUCUGCAAAUGCAGGAUUUGUUACAUUUGGCCAGAAACUGGAUCGUACAGUAUGGAAUCUGUCAACUUUUCAUGCCUAUGUUAGCUAUCAUGUUAAGUGCUCCGAAGGAUUUAUGCAUACACGCAUGCGGCGUCGUGUGGAGUCCUUGAUUCAGGUGGAAUCAUUGUCUACGUUUGCUCUGGAUCGUGCCAAACCAGAUGCCGAGAAUUCAACGAAAACUUCAUUCAACAGAUCCUUCAAACGGCUGAUGCUUGUAACCCGAAGUUGUGAUUCUCCUUCUGAACUCUUCACGCCAAGUAUCCAAGGACUUGCUGGACUAUUUCUGCAGACUGCUCCAGGAGCUUCAGAAUCAGCAAUAUGUUUAGAAGCUAUUGAGACCAUGAAAUCAGCACCUGAAGCUUGUUCUGGGUUGAUGAGUUAUCAUGCGAUCACAUCUUACCUAGAGAGACUUCUUGAUAAUAACAGAGAAUAA